AUGCAGAUCACAGUACCAAAAAAGGCAUUCCCCUCGGAGCAAGAUCCUGAUGCUAUGCCAAGCGACUCAGCAACCACGAUGCGAGUGUGGCAAUCUUUCGUCGUACGAUGCGCGACGACGGGCGUGACUUCGGCCGCUCAAUCAUGGUCACGCAAGAGGAAGAUCGGGUGGGCAGAAUUGAUCAAAAAAGCCGCCAAGUCCAGGACCGAGGCAGAUCCAUUGGCAAAGAAACAGGAUAAAGUUCAUGCAAGGCGCGUGGUAAAAGAGGGAAAGAUGGAAAAGAUGGCUGGGAGUAUCACAACGCCGCCCUUUGAGAUGCGAGUGUCCUGA